AUGAUGCACAACCCACUCCUUGUCGCAAUACUUCUGGCGUUCGCCUUUCCUGCCGCGCCAGCCUCUCAUCCCGACGCCAUGGCCCCAGAACCUGAGAGGGACGUUGGCCGUGAGAAAAGACAAGCCUCUGACCCUCGUCUGGCUGGGUACAUCACACAGGCACUUACGGAGGCUAACGCGGAACUGCUUUACCAGAAAAACCUCGAUAAAACUAUGUUACAACAAGGUGUCGAUAUUCCCUCCGGAAGCCACUCUUAUUUUUGGCACCUGGGGCGUUUUUUGUACACCAAAAAUAAAGAGGUGGUUGACGUUUUGUCGGACAAGGCUUGGGUCAUCGUCCGCGCGACCAAGCGUCUCGUGGAAAUGACGGGAAUGCCGCUACGCCAGCUUAUGACCAAUCCUCAGGUUGUAGCCGAAUGGCGCCGACAGGUGAGGCCCACAUGUCCAUUCAAACCCCCAACAUGUGACUUGCAGUAUCCGUACCGAACUGCCAACGGAUACUGUAACCACCUACAGGACACGACACAGGGGGCUGCUCUCACGAGACAACGACGCAUGAUGCUCAACAGUUAUGAGGAUGGUAUCGAUUAUCCCCGGGUUCGAAGUAAAAGCGACAGGACACUGCCCAGUGCUAGACUGGUCAGCAACAUCAUGCAUAAGGCUGGGGAGUGUCCACUGGCCAGCAAACAAUUUACGGUUCUGAUCAUGCAGUUCGGACAGUUUAUCGAACAUGACGUCAUCUCAACGCCCAUGAUAUCAGGUACCGACGGUGCAGACAUCAUGUGUUGUGGGGGCCCUCAAAACGUUACUGACAGGAGAGCUGCCUGUUUCCCGAUCAGUAUCCCACCCGGUGACGGCCGAUUCUCCGAAAGUUGUAUGACGUUUGUCCGAUCUACUCCAGGCCUCAAACUCAACUGUGAUAUGGGUAUCCGAUCUCCUAUGAACCAAGCUAGUGCCUUCAUGGACGGGUCCCAGAUCUAUGGAACCUCGGAAGACGAAACGAAAGGGCUGAGAUCGUUUCUUGGAGGAAUGUUGAAGAUGACGACGUUAGGACUUCCCCCACCAAGCGAGGAGGAAAUGUGCAUUAAGGAGGCUCCAGGCGAUUAUUGCAUGUUAGCUGGUGACUUCCGGGUAAAUCACGUGCCAGGUUUGACAGUGCUCCACACUACCUUCCUUAGAGAACACAACCGCAUCGCUAGCCACUUUACUCUGAUAAAUCCUGGCUGGAAUGACGAGCGGACAUUCCAGGAAACCCGGAAACUCAUUAUAGCUAUGCUACAGCAUAUGGUUUUUAACGAACUACUUCCGUCCAUUCUAAAUGAGGAUCAUGUUAUCAGGUACGAUAUUCGUUCGAGUACACAAGGAUUCAGUGCGACCUAUGACCCGGAUACAGAUGCUUCUAUAAUGAUGGGAUUCUCAGCAGCUGCAAUGCGCUUCCCUCACACGAGAAUUCCAGAUGUACAAGGAAUGGUCGACGACUCAUUUUCUACUCAACGGAAUAAUCUUAUAUUUGCAACUUUUGAUAAACCAAGGUUCGUUUUGGAAAGAAUGGGUCAAGCUUUAAAUGACUUUGCCAGGUGGCUUAUUUCUUUCCCUGUUAUGGAAGACGAUAGAUUUGUCCAAGAUGGAGUGCGAGAUUUUCUUUUCCUGGAUAAUAGAGGUCAUAGCUUUGACCUGGUAGCUUUGAACAUUCAAAGAGCACGUGACCAAGGUAUACCGACAUACAACGAGUGGCGGAAAUUAUGUGGACUCGUUCCCGCAACCUAUUUCGCAUCCGGGCCAGGCGGACUCGUCGAUCAUGAACCGGAAGUAGUUCGACUGCUUUCAACUGUGUACAGUGAUGUAGAUGACAUUGACCUAUUUACUGGGGGAUUGUCUGAAAUAACACUUCCUGGAGCAGCUACCGGACCAACAUUUGCAUGUAUUAUUGCCACACAGUUCAGGAGCCUGAAAGUCGGCGACAGGUUUUGGUAUGAAAAUAAGCAUCCGAUCACCGGAUUUACUGAGGAGCAAUUGAACGAGAUCAAGAAAAUCCGACUGUCAAAAGUGAUGUGUAAUAAUCUCGACACUCCCUUCAUACAACCCAACGUCUUCCGUUUCGUUGGCAACGGGAACGCUCGCAUACCCUGUGGAGAGCUUCCGGACAUAAACCUCGAUGCGUGGAAAGAUGGAUCACCACACCGAAGAUUAUUACCUCCGGAUUAUGAAGACGGUAUUGAUUCGCCUCGUAUCCGAGCAGAUAAUGGUGCAAUUCUCCCCAGCGCACGUUUGGUCAGCAACACACUACACAAUGCUGGUCGUACACACACUAGUGAAUCCUUUACCGUUAUGUAUAUGUCAUUUGGCCAGUUCCUUGACCACGACCUCACAAGUACUGCUUCACUUAAAGAUGAGAACAACAACCCUAUUGAUUGCUGCUCAAAUAGCAACGCUGCACUAUCAAGUGCCUGUUUCCCGAUAAAAAUACCCAUCAACGAUACAAGAUUUACCAAGUCGUGUAUGAGUUUUACACGGUCUGCAGCUGCAGUUAAGAACGGAUGUGACCCAGAUUAUCGUCAACAAAUUAAUCAACUGACUUCAUACCUUGAUGCAUCUAACGUAUACGGAUCUACUUUAGAGUCACAAGAAAGGCUGAGGGAGAAAUCUGGAGGACGCAUGCGCGUAUCAGACCAAGGCGACCUACUUCCUUCAUACAAAAAUAAUACCUGCAUACUGACCAAUCCUUCAAAAACCCACUGCUUUGACGCAGGUGAUGAAAGGAAUUCGGAGGUGCCUACAUUAACGACAUUACACAUCGCUUUCCUAAGAGAACACAACAGGAUAGCAAACACUCUCCGAUUGAUCAAUCGUGAUUGGAACGAUGAACUGGUUUUUCAAGAAGUGCGAAAAAUUGUUGGGGCAUUACUUCAACAUAUAGCAUAUAACGAAUACCUACCAAAAGUUAUAGGACCAAGCUUCAUGGACAUGUAUGACUUGAAACCAACUCCCACUGGAUUUAGAUCUGUGUAUAAUGACACUAUAGAUGCCACUGUUACCAACGUAUUUGCAACUGCAGCUUUCAGGUUUGGCCACUCACAGAUACCAGAUAAGAUGAUGCUGAUUAAUAAAAGAUUUAAAAAGAAAGCUAUUAUGAACUUAGAAAAACAAUAUUUCAAACCGGAUCUCAUGUUCGAGAAGAAUGGCCCAGAGUGGCUAGCACGGUGGCAGGUUUCAUAUGCUCAGACUAAAGAGGAUAACUCUAUUCAGAGCAGUGUGAGAAAUUUCCUAUUUUUAGACUCAAAAAAUGAUAGUCUUGACCUCGCUGCUUUGAACAUGCAACGGGGGCGUGAUCACGGACUGCCAUCAUACAAUGCCUGGAGGUCUUGGUGUGGCCUUAAUCCGGCCUCAGACUUUAGUCACCGCAAAAGUGGACUCGUCAACCAUUAUCGCACUGGCAGAAAUAGACUUUCUCGUAUUUACAGUUCCCCCAAUGAUAUUGACCUUUACAGUGGUGGUUUGUUGGAGAAACAUCUGCCUGGUGCCUUGGUGGGUCCAACGUUUGCUUGCAUCAUUUCCAGACAGUUUCGGGAUUUACAAAAGGGCGACAGAUUCUGGUAUGAAAACGAUGCGCCAUAUACUGGAUUUUCGGAAGCUCAACUGAAUGAAAUCAAGAAGAUGACUUUGUCAUCCAUUCUGUGCACCAAUCUCCAUUUAGUGAAAACACAGCUAGACUCCUUCCAAAUGAAAUCCGAUACGAACCAAAGGAGAGAAUGCAAUAGCCUCCCGACAAUGGAUUUGACGAAAUGGGCCGCAAAUUAGAUUUUAACCAUUUCACCACUGUAGACCAUAAUGGACUCAUCCAAAUCAAUGCAUGGAAGAGUUUACUGAAGUUACAUAGGGGUGAAAGGCUUAACGUAAUCCAAUGGCAUACUUCUUUCUCUUCUGCUGAAGAUGUCAAGGAAAGAAUAACCUCACUUUAGUCGACAAAAAAGACUGAUAACAAUGAACUCUGCGUUUAGGCAAUGGAAACAGAGUUAUCUAGAGAGCCGAUGCUGAGAUAACAUAUGACGACGGUUUGAUACCGAGGACAUUUACGGUUUAAUUCAUGAUAUGUAACUUCUUAUCUCACCGAAAACAUGCCUAGUAUACAGACUAACUCUAACCCUCCUGUUAAUCUUUUGCUCGUGCAUGUCACUAUUAUAACCUGUUAUAACACAGAGCGUUUGUAUGUCUUGUUUAUAUGCUAAACAUCACAAAGUUAAGGAUACCAAUAAUACAUUGAUCAGCAUUAUGAUUUGAGUUUUUGGAUGGAAUGUCUUUUUAUACAAUACUGUAAAUGAUGAAACAUUUGCCAUUUUAGUUAUCCUUGUUCAAUUUACCGGAAACAUAAACUAGCAUGUAAUGUGAAAUUAUAAGAAUAGGAUAAGGACAAAAAUAUCCGGAUUAUUAUCAUUUUAUUGUUGUUUUGAAAACCUGUAUGUAUUAUACUAGAAUUAAUUUGAUUAACAAAAUGUGAGAUUGUCAAUUUGAAAGAUGUUCAUAGAAAAACAAUCAACUUAAGAUCUUCUAGCGUCCUACCGUAAUUGUCAUUUUAUCAUAUGUAUUCCGUCUCUGCGUAUUGCAGAGUUAUCUUUUCUCG